AUGAUCCAACUAGCUUGCAUCCUUCUUCUAGUAACCUUGCCCUGGUCGGAAAGUGCUUCGGAUCCGAAUGUUGUCUGUCCUGUUGGAAAAGAAUUGACUAUCAAGGAGGCCCCAUGGCUGGCUUCGAUUCGGAGUAACAAUAGGCACAUAUGCAUUGGCUCUAUCAUCAACCCCAAAUCUGUACUGAUCACAGCAUCUUGUUUGGUACAGCGCAAUCGAACUGCUGUCUGGUCACACCAUAUGUCUAAUGUCACGGUGCGCGUUGGCAAUGCGGAUCGAGACUCGGGAGCUGGAGUGGCAGUUUGUGACAUAAUUUACCACCCGCGGGAAAAAAAUUUUCAUCUGGAUAGCGCUCUGGCUAUGCUAAAACUUUGCAAACCACUGACCCCCUCCGCAGAGGUCCAGGAAAUCGCGAUAGUCGACAAGCAGCCCCCGAAGGACGCGAAAGCCUCAUUAAGUGGAUGGGGUUCCCUCACCAGGUGGGGAAUGAGGCACACACAUUGCAAGGUGAUCGCACGACAACAAGAUGUUCAGCUAAUUGAUGUAAAGGCUUGUGCCGUUGAACGAACAAAGCAUUUUAAGUACGCCCGAUUGGAACGCACCAUUUGCUCCUCCAAGAUUUCGAAUUUUUGCUCCUUCGACAAUGGAUCUCCUUUGCUAAUCGAUGGCAAGCUUGCGGGUAUAUUAAACAUCGGCAGUUGUAACUUGAAGCCCGAUGUCUAUGUGAACUUGUUCAGUGUUAGGAAUUGGAUUGAAAGCAAAGCAAAGGACAAGAAAUGA